GUCAGUCAACGCCCUGCUUCAGAGGGCGGCAUUAAGCUUGACCGGAGGGAGACAGAAAUAUGUGCAGGAUCCAAGGCUCGGCAUGGGAUUGUUGGACAAGAACUUUUUAAACACUGUGUGUAACCUAAAACCAUAGAGGGUUAGAAAUAACGUCCCGUCUGAGAUCAGCAUCCACAGUGACCCACAUCUGAAAGAGCUUCACCUUUGACAGCAAGGCUCAUACGCAGUAACAUGUCCUGUUUAAGCCAUGCUUCUCCUCCUGCAGACACGGACACCCAGCAGCCUAAAGUCGCAGAGGACUCCAGCACCAAACAAGGCGAUAUUAUUCCCGUUGAUGCAGAGCUGGCUAAAGCCAUCAUGUCUCGCCGUUUCCAGCCGUCAGCCAUCGGUCCUGAGACGUGGGAGGGAUACAUCUUCUCUGAUCUGGAGAUACGGAUCAAAGAAUCCACAGACCUCUAUGGAGCUGUCCUCUGGCCCUCGGCAAUGGUGCUGUGCCACUUCCUGGAAACCAACCAGGACAAAUACAACUUGGAGCAUAAAAAUGUGAUUGAACUGGGAGCCGGAACUGGGCUCGUCACCAUUGUAUCCAGUCUGUUAGGUGCUAAAGUGACAUCCACGGACCUGCCAGAUGUUCUGGGUAAUCUCCAGUACAAUGUAACACGCAAUACAAAGGGCAGAUGCAAAUAUAUCCCUCUGGUCACCGAGCUUAUCUGGGGUCAGAAUGUGGCUGAACGUUUCCCGCGUGCAACACAUUGUUUUGACUACAUUCUUGCAGCUGACGUGGUUUACGCGCACCCUUACCUGGAUGAGCUCAUGGACACGUUCGACUACCUUUGUCAAGACAGCACUCAGAUACUUUGGGCCAUGCGUUUUAGGCUGGACCCUGAGAACAGCUUUGUGGAUCGCUUCCAGCAGCGGUUCAACCUCGAGGAGCUGUAUGACCUGCCGAGUCUUAGCAUUAAACUGUACCGAGCCUGGAGGAAGAUCAAGAGGACCAAAGAGGCUGCUGCAUGAGCUGAAGAACAGAGGAUGGCUACCAUAAAUCUGUGCCAACUCAAACUCUCAUUAAGAGUCAUCUAAAGCAUGGUUUUGGUCUGUAACAUAGUUGUCCUCUUCCCAUAAAAUUCCGCUCUGAUUCAUUGUUUACAAUGCUCCCAACAAACAGCUAUCCUAUGGUAGAAAUGAAACGAACUUGUCCAGCUGGUUGGUUUGUUAGACUUAAAAAAAAACUUUUUUAAAGUUUAGACAUUCUUAAUUCAAUUAAAUUCUACAAUGUUGUA